UCUUUCAUAUGCUUCUUUUCUUUCGUUGAUUUGUAGUUUCGUGUGUGGAGCUUGUAUCGGAUGACUAAUCCCCGGAGUAUGCUUUGAUUUGAACUGCAGGGAUGCAGCGGGCUCACAAAGAAAGGUAGCACUAAUGGCAACGACUGCUUCCGAACGGCCGUUGUCUGAACACUUCGGCGUUUUUGCUGCGGGUCCCCGCGAAUCUGGCUUGCAACGGCUCUGGCCCACGCCGGACGGCAGUUCGCAUCGGCAGUUGCGCAGAUCAGAACGGCCCACCGUGGCCCGCACCAGCCUGCGGAAGCUCAGUGAAGGAAGGCGAGCCAGGCGGCUCACCUUCUACAGGAAUGGAGAUCGCUUCGACAAAGGACUCACAUACGCACUGUCUCUCGAGAAAGUGCGUACAUUUGAUGCCCUGCUGGAAGACCUCACCAGGGUCAUGACAGACUUGCCUAUGGGCGUGCGCUACAUCUUCACUGCAGAUGGUCGCGAUAAGGUCAGUCAGCUGGACAGUCUCCUAGAGGGCGAGUCCUAUGUGUGCGCAUCGACGGACCACUUUAGCAAGUUGGAAUACGGGAAACAGGAACCCCCUCCACAAUGGACGCUCAGUCGAAGCACUCGUGGCAUCCCUGGGAUGCGGACCUCCAACAAGCUCCACCAUUUCAACAGUGGUAUGGACUCACCUGGUGGUCGAAACUUCAUUCGUCCAAAGCUCGUAACAGUCAUGCGCAAUGGUAUUAGGCCAAGGAAGGCAGUGCGUAUACUCCUGAACCACAGGACAGCACGAUCCUUUGAGCAAGUUCUAGACGAUGUCACCCGUGUGAUUCAGUUGGACUCUGGUGCAGUUCGUAAGGUUUUCAGCUUGGGUGGUAAGCAGGUUACAUGCCUGGAGGAUUUCUUUGGACCAGAAGACAUCUUCAUCGCGUAUGGAGCAGAGAAGUACUCCCAUGACGACUUUGAUCUCGACACUGAAGAAUGUAAAAUCCUCAAUAGUACAGUGAGAACUCCAGGCUCAUGCAGACGGGAACGACGGUUUUACGGUGGGCGCCCUAUGUCUCCAGUGUCUGAUGUGUCUUCAAAUCUGAGUUUCCGCAGCUCACACUCUGUAUCACCAAAGCUGCAACGAAAGUACCGACCUGUGGACAAUAACUACUUUGAGCUGGCAGAAUCUGUCAGAAAUUUGUACAUUGUCAACCACAUGAUUGGAGAUGGCAAUUUUGCCAGGGUCCACGAGUGCAUCCAAAAGAGCACAGGAGUAGCGUACGCCCUCAAAAUAAUAGACAAGAAUAAGUGUAAAGGAAAGGAGCAAAUGAUCGCAAAUGAAGUGGCUAUUCUGAGACAGGUGAAGCACCCCAACAUAGUCCAGCUUGUGGAGGAGUUUGACUUUGAGUGUGAACUUUAUCUGGUCAUGGAGCUGGUGAAGGGAGGAGACCUGUUUGACGCAAUAGCUGCGGCAACAAAGUUUUGUGAGCCUGAAGCAGCACGCAUGGUCGGCCACCUGGGAAGUGCCCUGCACUACCUGCAUUCGCUCAACAUUGUGCAUCGUGACAUAAAGCCAGAGAACUUACUGGUGGGCACACACAGCCACCUCAAACUGGCUGACUUCGGCCUGGCAGUGGAGAUGCCGCCCGACGGAAGCGCUUUGUUUACUGUCUGUGGUACACCUACUUACGUUGCCCCAGAGAUCCUGGCUGAAACUGGCUAUGGUCUCAAUGUUGACAUUUGGGCAAUGGGUGUCAUCAUGUAUAUUCUCCUCUGCGGAUUCCCACCAUUCGUAAGCCAAACAAAUAACCAGGAUGAGUUAUUCGACCGAAUUCUGACGGGCCAGUUUGAAUUCAUGUCACCUUAUUGGGACGAAAUCUCGGAUUCAGCCAAGGAGCUAAUCAGGGGCAUGUUGCACGUCGACAUCCAUGAACGUUUCACAGCAUCUCGGGUUCUAAGCCACCCAUGGUUGGAAGUGAUUACAGACAAAGAAGAAACGGUGCCCAUUGCUCGUUCGAAUGAGAGUCAUUUUGAUGAAAGACGGCGACCAUCUGCCCGGUCGUCAGGCAUUCCAGUAUCAACGAAGUGGAGCUCGUGACCGUACACUGGGAAGUGGCACAUUCUCAGGAUGACCUCACUACCACGCAGCGUGACCUGUGCUGGGUGCAUCCAAAGACAACGAAGUGCAGUUUCAUUUGUUCCCUUUAACGUGUUGUUUUUGCUCGUAUACAGCCUUUGUGCACACAUAUUCAUUUGAAAGUAUGCAACCAAAUAUUUGCAUUUACCCGCCAUGGCAUAAAGGCUCAUGUUUCGCAUGUAUAAAACUUGAAAGCCACACCAUAAAGCAAUGAAGCCAUAGAGGCUGUUUCACCAACCCAGGCAUGAGGUUGUAGUGAAAAGAUUUAUGAAUUUUUUGUAAAAUUCUGUACUGUAGAUUUUUGUAUUUUUUAAAACUUUGUAUUAGGUAAAACACCUUGUAUGAAUACUGCUUCGGAAAUAUGCCUAGCAUAUGUACUAACUAGUCAGUUUUAUAAUGAUAUUCCUACAUGCUUCAGUUGAGGUUGUACUCUUUUAUGAUUGCUCUCAGCACGUAAUGCCUACUUGCACAAUGCAAGCUGGUAGGGUUGAGGAAAAUUGGCAGAUUUUUUUGUCAAAUUUGUUCAAAAGGAACAAUGUGAAAAUUGUUCAUGAGUGAGUUUGUCAAGGAGUAGAAAUUCAUUUACAUCUGUACACUGGAUCACUGAAGUGGUCAAUCUUCUUGGCUGCCUCAAACUUUAACUGUUUCUUGUGUCAGAAGUCAGGACCUGACAGCAUUGUAAUUUGUUGUCUGCUUUCUAUCAAUCCUUGUUGUCACGGUACCUUUCUGUUCUGUUCUCAAAGCCAUGUAGUGUAAGCAGAGAAAAGUAACUUUGAAUGGUCAUGCCUGCAAAUGCUUAGGAAACUACACUCAUUUUGUACCAGAAUCGCAGUUAUAUUUGGGAAUGUCAUGAUUUUCAACUCUCUUCAUUACUGCCUCCGGAAGCUGAGGCCAUGCUGGAAUCAACUUGCAUCCAAGGGAAUGGCUUGCAGUGUUCGGGUGAUUAGGGAGGCCAGGGAAAAUGCUAGGCGUAGCUUACGUUUCCGAAGUGAUAAUGAGGUUCAUUUUAGCUGGAUGGUUUCGGUGGAAAUUUUUGCAGUACAUUAAGAGGGGUAUCUGGAUAAGAAGAAGACGCAAGACAACACAAAACAGAGAUCACACGGACGGAGCGCUACCUUCAAGAAUGACGUUUUAGGAAAGUAGUGCCCUGUCCGUGAGAUUUGUGUUGUCUUGCAUCUUCAUUUAGCACUCAAAUGUAUCCCGAUAGCUACCAACAUGCCCAGAGCAGUAUCCCGACGAAGAGAGGUACGUAGUGCGGGGUUUUGAUUGUACCUGAAAUACGGCUCAAGAGCAGUUAAUUUGUCAUAAGAGAGUUUGUGAUAACUAGGUUUGACAUUGACAUGCUGGAGUCUCAUUCAAGGUGAAACCUCCAGAUCAAAUUCCCAUGAUCAUGCACACGCAAGCAAAAACUUCUCUUUUUGAUAUGGCGGGGACUCAAGGUGACAUGAUGUUUUCCCCUGUAUAGAUUGAUCACCAACUUUGUUGGUUAACGAGCAUCUCAAAAGGCUAUUGGCACGAGAUGAGCAGUCGCCUCUCAGUGCUCUGUUUCACUGCUAUUUGUACACUAAAUGCUAACAUGCUGAACAGCAAGUAAUUUUUUUACUUGCAGGAAAUGCAACCUUUAUCUUUUGAAUAGGUUCAGAACAUGAAACAUACCAAACUGGUCUUUUGUGCCAUGUUCUUUGUUUCAGGUGUUUCUACAGUUGGUUUUGUCCACUACAGCUUCUGUGCGCUAUUUUUGUUUACUCAGUGGUUAUGUAGUACAAAUUCAGCUUCAUUCGAUGUGAAGAAGAUAGCAAAAGUUGUUUUAUUUUCCAAGAUAUUGCGUCCAAUAUUAGUGCAAUAUAUUAAUAGUACAUAAUUAACAGCAGAAUGAGGUACAGCUGUAGAGUAUUUUGCCUCUCACAUAGUUCUCACGAAGAUGUUCCCACUGCUAAAGUGUGUUUUUUGUGGCUAGUAAGUACGCAGGAGCUUUAAUUUCAUCUCGUUAGCACCUGAGCUGCCUUUGAGUUCCAAUGUUACCAUAUUGUUUCGAGUUCAGAAGACAUGUUGCACUGUCUGAGUUCUGUCAAAAAUAUAUUCAUUUAUUAUAUACACUUUAGAUUUUGUUAUAGUAUGCAGUUUGAUACACUAUUUAAUAAUGCAUUACAAUGCUCGUAAGGUGCUGUUCAAAGGGUUUGUCCUGUGUCUUCCAGUUCAGAUUUCUUUGAAAUUGCUGUGUACUAAUAUGACACAGCAUCAUACAUAAGCAUUCACACGAUACGAAAGCUUUCUGUGAAAGCUGCCAACAGUAACCUAUAGUGUGACGGAAUGUUUCACAAUAAUUGUAGUAAUAAUGUGCAUGUGAUUUCUGCAUGACAAAGCAUGACGACCGUAUAGUCCAUGUGAUUUGCUGCUUUGUCUCCAUGGAGGCCAUCUGAAAAAUUGCACAAUGGUUUGAGUGUGUUUGACUGUGUAAUUUUGUAGACAAGAAUGUGGUCUCGUACAACAUUGAAAGAUUUCACACAUUUAUACUACAUUGCAUCGGUUAUGAAAUAGCACCUUCGAGUCUCAAUAAAUCAUUUCAGGUAGAACCA